UUGCCUGUUACUUUCCCCUCAGGCUUUAGCCAAUUUUUAGAAACGUUUGUGUCAGAAACAUGAUUUAAUAUGGCGGAAACGUAGAUGAACAUAGUAAAUAUUUUAUGAGAAUUUGUCAGCUUUUAAUUUAUUUUCCCUGUUUUUUCUCGAAAUCCUUAUCCGUAAUCUAUUCAGCGCCUUGCUGCCUUUGUUUCCCUCGGUAUUCGAAUCGAUUCUUCCUUUUCUUAAUCACCUUUCAAAUUAAAAUCUGUUUGGGGGGUUUGUCUGGUUUUAGGGUUAUUUUUGUUUCCUUUCAUUUCUUCGAACAAACCCUCGAGAGAUUGCAGCGCUUAAAGAUGGCUUUGGUUUCAGUUCUUUUUGAGAUUUUAAGCAAGCCCACAAUUGGGGAUGUUUUGAGCGAGUUAAUGGUCUUUAUAGCUCUUUUAUGGGUCUCUGUAAUUGUCGGUGUUUUGGUUGGAUGGACAUGGAAGCCAAAGUGGGCAAGUAUAGGCAGAGAAAUGUUGAUUGAUUGUUGCGGUGAUAAGGAUUCAUCUCCAUCUUCAGGUUCUUCAUGUAUAAGUUUUGGUUUCAUUUCAAGCUUGAAUUCGAUCAAGUCUCAGUUGUCUAGCUGCAUCUCUUGGAUUUCAGAUAAUGGGGCUCAAAAGGAUUAUUCUUCUUUUCCACCUACCCUUGAUUCCAAUUCCAGUUCAUCACCGAUUUCGAAGGAAAAACCCAGUUUUGUGAAAAAUGAGGAUUUAGAACAUUUGUGUAAUUUAGUUGAAGAAAAAGAUGGUGGCCCUGCUUGGAUUCAUAUGAUGGAUUGCUCUACUCCAACUAUGUAUUAUCAAGCUUGGGAAAGAGAUCUUGAGUCCGGUCCUACAGAAUAUCGUAGCCGGACUGUUUUCGAAGAUGCCACUCCCGAGAUGGUGAGGGAUUUCUUUUGGGAUGAUAAAUUUCGACCAAAGUGGGAUACGAUGCUUUCUAGUGCUGCAACUAUGGAGGAAUGCCCCACCACUGGAACCAUGGUGGUCCACUGGGUUCGCAAGUUCCCUUUCUUCUGUAGCGACAGAGAAUACGUGAUAGGUCGUCGGAUUUGGGAGUCUGGGCGGUCAUAUUACUGUGUUACUAAGGGAGUACCUUAUGCUUCCGUGCCGAGAAAAAACACACCUAGGCGCGUUGACGUAUACUAUUCAAGCUGGUGCAUCCGUGCAGUUGAAUCAAGGAAAGGGGAUGGUCAGCUUACUGCUUGCGAGGUGUUACUUUUCCAUCACGAAAAUAUGGGUAUACCAUGGAAAAUUGCAAAGUUUGGAGUGAGGCAAGGUAUGUGGGGUACCGUCAAGAAGAUCGAACCCGGCUUACGUGCGUAUCAGAAUGAGAGAGCAUCAGGAGUUCUAUCCCAUUGUGCUUUCAUGGCUCAGAUAAAUGCUAAAGUAAGUGCAGACUAUCUAAGAUCCUUUGAAAGCAAAAGUAACUACUCGUCAGAGCUUGAAACACAUAAUUCGUCCAAGAAACCGACGGGAAACAACAUUCCCAAACUUUUAGUUGUUGGUGGGGCUAUCGCCCUUGCUUGUAGUCUUGAUCGAGGACUCUUAACCAAAACAGUCAUAUUCGGAGUAGCCCGCAAGUUUGCAAACAUCGGAAAGAGAUUGUGAUCUCAUAUAUUCCGGUCAUCCAAUUCGGAGUAAGUCGGUGAAAGCUAAUUGUUGCUACAAUGAAGUGAGAUGUUGCUAUCAUUGGACGACCUACUCACCUGCUUUUAAAGGGUGGAAGAUAGAAGGUUGUAAAGUUUUGUUUAUGUCGGCGCCGUGAAGUUCAGAUCCGGUGAAAUAAAGAUUAGAUAUUUGAAUUAAAGCAUUUGUUCCGAUGCUCUCAAUCUUAAAUUUAUUUAUUUUUCUUGGUUGAUUGUAG